AUGGUAUACUUGGUGUGAAGGAGGCUGAAAGUUCNCCCCCCCAGUUGAUUAUGACCAUGCUCUCUGCCUUCUUGAAAUACAGAGAAGUGAAUAGAAAAACUUACAUUGAAUUUUGUUGAUAACAUACUGGAAUUGUAAUUCUCUUACAAUUUUAAUUUUUCUGUUUAUUUAUGAGAUUCUAAAUCAUUUGGGUUAUAAGAUUUGGUGACUGACUUUAUUUGUGUUCUUACAGUUACUCGCUAUCUAAUUUCCACAAUGUUUUGGUAAAUUCAAAAAUUGAGAUGUGUAAAGCAUCCAAGAAAGGCCAAAGAACUGACGACAAUGAGCAUUUUGAGACUCCUAAGGAAUCGCAAGUUCUCCUAAUCUUACAAAAGAUUCAUUUGUGCAAAGAAAUUUGAAUUAAGAAUAUUUAUUUAAAAAAAUAUUUCCUUUUUUGGUUACACUUAACAUUUUGUUACUAUAUUUUAUAAAAAAAGACACAUUUUUUGCUUGUGAUGAUUUUAAAAGUCUAGGCAACAAACCUUUUUUUGUGGAACCAAACAAUGUAUAGUUUAAUAUUAUCAUCUCUUGUGCAUUUGCAAAUUAUUUUACAACCAUAAAGCAAAGGGGAAAAAAAAAAAAAAAAUCUGAGGAGACUUGUGCCUUGGUCUUAAAAAAUGUAAUAUUUUCCUCAGUUUUCAAAUGAGGUGCUCAAUAAAACAAAUUAAUUCUUCCUUGUAAAAAACAUAGUAUGUGAAUACGUAUUGGCAGAUUUCUGCUGUUUCAGUAAAUAUAUUUUCUUCUGUGUACUCAAAAGUUCUCAUAAGUUAAGCACAAAAGUUCUAGGCAUUUCUUCUAGAAUAUUCAUGUCAAUGUAUGUUCUUUCUGUACACACUUUGGCAUUUCCUUUCAGAGCUAAUCAUAUUGAUCCAGAGCGUCAUUUAGUACAAUUUGUGUUUUGAAACUUUCUCAUUUCUCAUUAGAAGAAACAUUUAUUAAAUUAGAUAUAAGCAGAAAAACAGCAUUGCUUGAAACAGUGUAAACUCUGUAAAAGGAAGAGGAAAAAAUGUAUUACAAAAAAAUCUCCCUAGGUCUUCCUACAAUUUUGUGGAUUUAUCUUAAAUGCCCAUGAUCUAUUGAGGUAACCUAUGUAUUAAUAUGCAUCAACAAAACUGUCAUGAAAGGAAAUGCCUGCUCUGGCCCUAAAGUUUUUUUUAUAAAAAGUUAUCUUGUUUUUAUUUUACAAUAUAUCUGAUAUUUUCUCUUGUUUACAAAUGACUUUAUUUUAUUUCAACAGAGCUGGAUAGUUCCAGAUUGCAGAGGAGAAGAAAUGAUUUCUAUAAAUAUUUUAUACAGCAUGGAAAUUACUUUUGUCAUUUUUGUUGAUAUUGUUUCAUUUUUGUUAUAAUUUGACUAUUUUCUCCUUUUCCCCUGUUAACUUCCUAACCCAUGUUUUUGUUAUUUGAUAUAACGAAUUAGUAAAGAAGUCAAGAAAUAAUUUUGGCCCUCCUUUGUUACAAAAAAAUGUUCUCAGUAAAGCUGAUUUGAAGAGUUCAAUCUUCUUCCUCAUGUUAACAUAAUUUCAUAACUAUAAUAAAUGAUCUUCCUUUAGAAAUAUUUUUGCAUAUGCAAAAAUUCUACCUUCAACAUUUUACAGUUCUUUAAUAACUUAGAUUUUCUCUAAGAUAUUUCUUGUGAAGUUGCUUGAGUAAAUCAAAUAUACACAAUUUUACAUGCACCGAUUGUGAAGAGAGAACAUGAAACCUUAUUCUCUGAAUGUUUAGCUAAAAAUUCUGAAAGUUUCUUAUCUUUCAUUAAUUUUUUCCAAGUUUACUUUUUUUGAUUAGAAUAGGAAUUUCAAUGAAGCUUUAAACUUUCAGAAGCCAAUUAUUGAGUUUCAUGUGCAGUGAUAUGAACCUUGCAUUCAUCUAACCAAUAUUCUCUUCCCUGGCAACGCACACAGUUGUUCUUGGGAGUGGUGUUAUCAGCUGUCGUGAUCGUCACAGGAUGCUUUUCAUACUACCAAGAAGCCAAGUCCUCUGCGAUCAUGGAAUCCUUUAAGCACAUGGUUCCUCAGUUGUACCUGGGCAUAGUGCUGGCUGCUGUCGUCAUCGUCACUGGUGUCUUCUCGUAUUACCAAGAGAGCAAGAGCUCCAAAAUUAUGGAAUCGUUCAAAAACAUGGUGCCUCAGUUUGCAACAGUGCUUCGAGAAGGUGAAAAACUCACACUUCGUGCUGAAGACAUUGUGCUGGGAGAUGUUGUGGAAGUCAAAUUUGGUGACCGCAUCCCCGCUGAUAUCCGUAUCAUUGAAUCUCGAGGCUUCAAGGUAGACAACUCCUCAUUGACGGGAGAAUCUGAACCUCAGAGCCGUGGACCGGACUUCACUCAUGAAAACCCUCUGGAAACAAAGAAUUUGGCAUUCUUCUCUACCAAUGCUGUAGAAGGUACUGCUAAGGGUGUGGUCAUCAGCUGUGGAGACAACACUGUAAUGGGUCGUAUUGCUGGUUUGGCAUCAGGUUUGGACACUGGUGAGACACCUAUUGCAAAGGAAAUUCACCACUUCAUCCACCUUAUCACUGGUGUGGCUGUAUUUCUUGGUGUAACCUUCUUCCUCAUUGCCUUCAUCUUGGGAUACCAUUGGCUGGAUGCUGUCAUUUUCUUGAUUGGUAUCAUUGUAGCCAAUGUGCCUGAAGGUUUGCUAGCCACUGUAACUGUGUGUCUCACCCUUACUGCCAAGCGAAUGGCAUCAAAGAACUGCUUGGUCAAGAACUUGGAAGCUGUAGAAACUCUGGGCUCCACAUCAACCAUCUGCUCAGAUAAGACUGGUACCCUGACACAAAACCGUAUGACUGUUGCUCACAUGUGGUUUGACAACCAAAUUAUUGAGGCAGAUACCACUGAAGAUCAGUCUGGUGUGCAGUAUGAUAGGACAAGCCCUGGAUUUAAAGCUUUGGCUCGUAUUGCUACUCUUUGCAACCGCGCAGAAUUCAAGCCUGGCCAGGAUGGAGUAUCUAUUCUGAAGAAGGAAGUGAAUGGUGAUGCUUCUGAAGCUGCUUUGCUGAAAUGUAUGGAACUUGCUCUUGGUGACGUUAUGUCUAUUCGAGCUCGCAACAAGAAAGUGUGUGAAAUUCCCUUUAACUCCACCAACAAGUACCAGGUUUCCAUUCAUGAAACGGAAGAUGCAAAUGAUCCUCGCCAUCUGAUGGUGAUGAAGGGAGCUCCUGAGAGGAUUUUGGAUCGUUGCUCAAGCAUUUUCAUUGGUGGAAAGGAAAAAGUGUUGGAUGAGGAAAUGAAAGAAGCAUUCAACAAUGCUUAUCUUGAACUUGGUGGUCUUGGAGAGCGAGUGUUGGGUUUCUGUGACUUUAUGCUGCCUUCUGACAAGUACCCUGUUGGCUUCAAGUUUGACGGUGAAGACCCUAACUUCCCCCUGAAGGACCUUCGUUUUGUGGGACUCAUGUCUAUGAUUGAUCCUCCUCGUGCUGCUGUGCCUGAUGCUGUUGCCAAAUGUCGAUCUGCUGGUAUCAAGGUCAUCAUGGUUACUGGUGAUCAUCCUAUCACUGCCAAAGCUAUUGCUAAGUCUGUCGGUAUAAUCUCAGAAGGUAAUGAGACUGUAGAAGAUAUUGCGCAGCGUUUGAACAUCCCUGUCUCAGAAGUAAACCCUCGAGAAGCUAAGGCUGCUGUAAUCGUGUUCGCCCGUACUUCUCCUCAACAGAAACUAAUUAUUGUAGAAGGUUGCCAGCGAAUGGGUGCUAUUGUAGCUGUGACUGGUGAUGGUGUGAAUGAUUCCCCUGCCUUGAAGAAAGCAGAUAUUGGUGUUGCUAUGGGUAUUGCUGGUUCUGAUGUAUCUAAGCAAGCUGCUGACAUGAUUUUGCUGGAUGACAACUUUGCUUCUAUUGUAACUGGUGUAGAAGAAGGAAGAUUGAUUUUUGACAACCUGAAGAAAUCCAUUGCCUACACUCUGACGUCUAACAUUCCUGAGAUCUCCCCCUUCUUGGCUUUCAUCCUCUGUGACAUUCCCCUGCCCCUGGGCACUGUCACUAUUUUGUGCAUUGAUUUGGGAACUGACAUGGUCCCUGCCAUUUCCCUGGCCUAUGAAGAAGCUGAGUCAGAUAUCAUGAAGCGUCAGCCUCGAAAUCCUUUCACAGAUAAACUCGUAAACGAAAGGUUGAUCUCGAUGGCAUAUGGACAAAUUGGCAUGAUCCAGGCAGCUGCUGGAUUCUUUGUCUACUUUGUCAUCAUGGCAGAGAAUGGUUUCUUGCCACUCACACUGUUUGGCAUCCGAAAACAUUGGGAUUCCAAGGCUGUUAAUGAUCUAACUGAUUCUUAUGGCCAAGAAUGGACCUACCGUGACCGGAAGAAGUUGGAGUACACUUGCCACACUGCUUUCUUCGUGACUAUUGUUAUUGUACAAUGGGCUGAUUUGAUCAUUUGCAAAACUCGACGAAACUCCAUCAUCCACCAGGGAAUGAGGAACUGGGCUCUGAAUUUUGGUCUUGUGUUUGAAACUGCUCUUGCUGCAUUUUUGUCCUACUGCCCAGGAAUGGACAAAGGCCUUAGGAUGUACCCUCUGAAGUUUGUGUGGUGGCUCCCUGGUCUGCCCUUCAUGGUUUCCAUCUUCAUCUAUGAUGAAGUUCGACGCUUCUACCUUCGUCGAAACCCUGGAGGUUGGCUGGAGCAAGAAACAUACUAUUAAGCGGCUGUGGGCUGCUGGGCAAACAAGCAGGCCAAGUGGGUGCACGCUGCGAUGGGCAACGGGUCCCCAGACUCUAGUGAUGGUUGUUCUGUGUCCAUCUUCAAAGUCAUAGCAACAGCAGCAACAGCAGCAGCAGCAGCAGCAUUCUACUAGGAACUCUUGGGCACCGAAAUCGUUAUUUCUCAAAAUUGAAAAUAAAAAUGAAUAAAAAACGCUUCAAGGAGCCACGUUUUAGUAGGCAACCGCUAGGAUGGAGUGGACAGACUGCCAUGCCCAUUCGCGGAAGACGGGCACCGGGCGGUGGAAGCCGCUGUAGGACCUUGUGUAGACAGCUAGUGCAAACCCAAUGCUACUGGUACACCCAUGAAGCAUUUUUUGCUAGACUGUUUCAUCAUGAAGUAUUUUAUGAAAUAAGAGUAAAAAAAUUGGUUGUUAUAACUGCAAGAUGUAUAUGAUUCUGCUGUUAAAUCUACACUUCUAACUUGUUUUAGUUUGUUUAGAUCAGGGUUCUAACUACACUGUUGAGGUUGUCAUGCAGGGCAGGGAGCAGAGCCUCCUGUGGGCGGGUCUGGGGUGUUAUUGGAUGACGGGUCAGGGACAGGCUCUCUUAGUGUUCAACUUUGAGAGUCUUAGCCCUGCCCCGUCUCCAGCCGGACGGGUGAGGACAUCACUAGCAAUGCAUUUGUAAAGAAAGAAAACACCUCGACAUUUUUGUUCUGUUUUUGUUUUUGGAAAAAAAAAUGGAAUAGGCAAAAAAAAAAAGCAAAUGAAAUUUGAAUGUUUUGGGAUAAGAGCGAGUAAAUACCGUAUAAUUAUAGAUAUAUAUUAAGAUUAUAUAAACACCUACAUACACAGAGAAAAUGUUCAUUUAUUAUAGAGUUGUAUGUUGGAAAGUUUUAAAAAGAUAUAAAAAUUUUGAAAAAAAAAAAAGAAGGAAAAUCUGUCACCAAUGUAAACAAUUAAAUGUACUGCCUUGUACAAACUCAGUACAACCAAUUCAUCAGCAUGAAUGCAAGCUGGCGAGCAAGUGUGUGUACUGGCAGCCUUGAACUGAAGGUUGCUCUAACUGCUUGCUGUGUAGCCACUCAGUGUCGAGCCCUUCAGCCAUUGCGCGCGAGUCUGUAGUCGGAGACGACAUUCCAGAGUUCAGAACAGUUGCCUUAAUGGAAGGUGUUUCAUGGUAUAGAGCACACACACGCAUGCAUCAACACUCACAACACUUCAUACAACAACAACGUUCAUGUAAAAGUGUAUCAGCUUUAUUAUAUGAGUUUCUUAAAAUUUUGUUUUCCAAGCUUGGUGUGAACUGGCCCUGUCUGUUGCAUUUCAAGUUGUUGAAACAAAGCAACUAAGUCCAUCAACAUAUUAAAUGUAAAUUCCCUUGCUGAAGACUGUAAGUUAUCUAGUAUUUUUCUUUCUUCUUUCAAAAUAUGUAACAUACCUAGAGUCAUGAGUUUUAGAGUAGCAAUCACAGACAAGGUGUAUGGAAUGAGCCACAGUAUACAUAGCAAACAAGUCCCAUGCUUGAGCAACUGGAUAUGUAGACCUAGAUGUGCAGUAGGUUAGUGUUGCCGUGUUGUUAAAACAAAAGGUCAUUACACAAAUCUUACAUUUGGUCUUUGUUAUUGCUGGGGACAGGGGGGUAUGGGGUGCGGCGGGGCUGCACAGACCCCCGCCCAGCCCCUCCCAGCUGGCUGCAGAAGCAGGCUGGAAAGUUGCUUCUAACGGUUUUAAUUAUUAUACAUUGUAAAUAUUUUAAAUAAUAACUAUCCCUCUUGUUUCCUUCUUGUUUCAUUCUGACUUUCCGUCUUUUUCUGCAAGCUAGCGACAACUGUAAAAACAAGCAACCAAGUGUCAAAAGUUUGGGUGUUAAUAAAAUAAAUAAAUAAACAAAAGAUCUUAAACAUACAGAGUUGAAUAUAUUCAUUGUUUGGAAGUAGUAACCAAAUACUAAAACACUGCAAUUUAACUUGUUCAUAAUAGCAGAGCUUCACCUCAACAUCUUCAGCCUGAUUCCUGUGUUCUGGUGUGAUGCUUUGGGGCCAUGUAGCUAAAUAUUUUAUAUGAAAUUCUGAUAAAUGAUAAAAACAGUAGACAAUAACCAGAGUUUUUGAAAGGUUCAAGAUUAAAUUUUUAGUUAGGAAUGUUGUGCUGAACAUUUUCAAUUUCUUGGGCAGGAAAGUUUUCUUGUAAUGUGGCAUGUUAGAAGUUCUGAGUAAAGACAUUUCUUAAAAGUUACUUAUUAAUGGGGAUCUGCCAUGCUGUUUGGUUGAGUAACUGGGCUGGAACCUUAGGUGGAUGAAGCACCUAUUGGCAGUAAUUCAUUCACUGGUUGUGAGGCUAUCUGAACAUGCAAACUGGAGGAAGAUUCCAGUUGCCAGGCACUGCUAUUUCACAAUUCAUUCACUUCUAGGAUUAGGUAGUCCUGAUAGGGUCAAGUAGGGGUCUUUGUGAGCACAAUACAAUCCUGCCAGCAUAUGCUUGUGAGCAGCAGCCAGUGAGAGUGCCCGUUCUCUCCAUGCAGACUGCUGCAAGCUUGGGCUAGCCUGGAACAUGCUGCCCACUCAUCUGAAACUAGGUUGGCUUUUUCUCUCACAGAGUACAAUGUUUUACAGUAUUAAUCGCGAGUGUUCACAGGGCCAAAGUAUAAUUGUUUCACAGAUUUCAUAAACCUAGCAAUUUGCUUUGUGCAGGUUAUUAUAACCAAUAAAAUAUUUUAUGUAUAAGCAAGUGAAGCCAUCCCCACACCUUAAUACAAUAUUAUUUUUAACAGAAAGUUCUUGUUUUGAAAUUUAAGGGUAUCAAGCCCAUAUGUAAUUCUAGACAAGCUUGUGUGUCCCACACCGCUACAAGUGUGGUGGCUAAGUUAGAGCCCCGGUACGAUUGUUAGAAGCUAAAGAUCAUUUUAAUGAUGUUUGAAGUUUUUUCAUUAUGAAUAUUUAACAGUUUCAUCAUUAUAUGAUGUAGUACAGAAUAUUUUUUUAAUAUUAUUUCUUGUUUCC